CAGCUUCCUUCCUGGAAACUGCAUCUUCCUCUUGUGCAGUGUAACAUGUGGUGUUCAUACUAUUUAAACACCAGCCCACAUAUAUACCCCUAACACUGCCGCGUAAUUGAAUUUCUUUUAAAUUUUCUCUAAGAAUACUGUAUUGAGCUUCCUGCCCUCGUCUCUUUUGCCUCAGCCGCUUUAUUCUAUAUACUGCGUUGUGUUUCAAAUUUUGGCCCCUGGUUUGCACCCUCAUCUUCGUGCGCUGCUUUCCUUCCUCCUGAGAGUCGAUCUGUUUGUUUUCCUCAUCGCGCUGCCUCUCUUUCCUUUGCUUCUUCUGCGGCGCUGUCACAAUAGCUUACGUCCAUCAUGGCCGAGUCCGCGACAUACCCUCUUCAUCCGCGCUCCACAAUCCGCCGCAAACACGAUCGCGGCGCCUACGACUAUUUGACCGUUCACUCCAUCUUGCGUGAUGCUCCCAUAUUGCACAUAUCUUUCUUACCGUCCGACAUCUCAGACGACCCCUUUCCCACCACGCUGCCCAUGAUCGGCGCUGUUGCAUCCUUUUCUAACCCGAACGCCGACCCGGCUUCUGAGAUUCUCGACAUCUAUGUGCACGCACACAGCGCGUCGCGGCUUAUGAAACUACCUUCAAGCUCACCUCAUGCCACAGAUGUUGCAGACGACGAAGAUGGUAGUCCCGCCGUCCCGGUCUGCGUGUGCGCGACGCUCAUUGACGGCUUUGUUCUGGCCUUGACCCCCUUCAAUCAUAGCUGCAACUACCGUUCUGCGAUUGUUCACGGAUAUGCCAGCGUCGUGACUGAUGAGCCUGAAAAGAACUUCGCGCUACAUCGAAUCACCGACAGCGUAGUUCCUCAGCGCUGGGACAACACCCGUGUGCCACCUUCCAAAGCUGAGAUUACAUCGACCUCAGUGCUCAAAAUCAAAAUCGAGUCCGCGAGCGCCAAGAUUCAUGUCGGUGGUCCUGGUGACGAUCGAAAAGAUCUGAAGGAUGAAAAUGUGACAGAGAAUGUCUGGACAGGAGUUCUUCCCGUCUAUCAAGUCAUUGGUGACGCGAUUCCAGGCGAAAAUAAUAAGGUGCAAAAGGUCCCCGAGUAUAUAGGAACCUGGAGGUCUCAGAGCAACCUGGAAGCGGAGAAAUAUGCGCGUGAAGCUGCGUUGGUUGAGGAGAAAAAAAAGAAAAGAUAACGCUGUGAACUUGCGAACUAUAAGGGUUUGGGAUGAGAAAUGGAGAUUAUAUGGCCGUGACUGCACAGAUCCGUGUGGUCUCUGUUUCUAGCAAUAUGUAACGACUAAAGCACUGGUUUCGUUGUUUGAUAGUCUGCUCAUUGCGAAUUUUCGAUCCCAGUGGGUAUCUCUUGCCAGCUUCAUCCCGUACCCUUUUUCGAAGCCACAGAAGUUUAUUGUUUCGGAAAAAAUGUCUACAGUAUCUGGUUUGUUGAUAAACGACUGCUUCUAUUAAUUCUUUUUUGUUCAUAUGCAACAUCACGUAUUCUGCUAUAAGUUGCCAGAUAAGAAUACUAAUGCC